GGCGCGCGCCGAGCCGCGCCCUUCGCCCUCUCUGCAGCCCGAGUGGGCUGCUCCGGGCGGCCUGAGGGGCGGCGCCUUCUGCGGCCUCCGCGGCGGGGGGGAUGUGAGGGGCGGCCCACGGCUAUGGAGACGGGCCCGGCGCCCCUGGUGGCCCCGCCGCGCCGUCACGGCGCCUCCGCUGCCCCUUCGCCCCCGCCCCGGGGUUCCCGGGCCGGGCCGGUAGUAGUGGUGGCACCAGGACCGCCAGUGACUACGGCCACUUCUAUCCCCGUGGAGCUGGUGGUCCCCGGGGAGGCUCGGCCCGCCUGGGUUCCAGGUUCGGCACAGACCUCAGCCACGACGGCCACGACGGCCACGGGCAGCACGGUGGUGGUGCUAACCCUGGAGGCCUCACCCGAAGCCGCGACGACGCAAGAGUCCACUGCACCGGCGGCAGAGGCGGGAGCGGAGAGGUCGGUAGCCUCGGCUUCGGGAGCAGACGCUCCGAAGACGGAAGAGGCUCGAGCCUCGCCCCUUCCAGGACCAGGGACCCCCACUCGGACCCCGUCCAGAACGGCGCCUGGAGUCCUGACUGCCAAGCCCCCGCUUGCCCCCAAGCCGGGAACCACAGUGGCUCCAGGAGUGACCGCACGGGGUGGAGCAGCACAGGUGACAGGUGGACAUGGAGCGGCUACUUCAGCAUCAGCAGGGCCGGCGCCUGAGGACCCCUCGGGGCCUGUCACAGGCCCUCCCGGGACGGGUGAGGCUCCGGUGGCUGUGGUGACGGUGACCCCAGCUCCGGAGCCUGUUGAAAACUCUCAAGACCUGGGCUCCACGUCCAGCCUAGGACCUGGCAUCUCUGGGCCUCGAGGGCAGGCCCCGGACACCCUGAGCUACUUGGAUUCCGUGAGCCUCAUGUCCGGGACCUUAGAGUCCUUGGCUGAUGAUGUGAGCUCCAUGGGUUCAGACUCGGAGAUAAAUGGGCUGGCCCUGCGCAAGACGGACAAGUAUGGUUUCCUUGGGGGCAGCCAGUACUCAGGCAGCCUAGAGAGCUCUAUUCCUGUGGAUGUGGCUCGGCAGCGGGAGCUCAAAUGGCUGGAAAUGUUCAGUAAUUGGGAUAAGUGGCUGUCACGGCGUUUCCAGAAGGUAAAACUGCGCUGCCGGAAAGGGAUCCCCUCCUCUCUCAGAGCCAAGGCCUGGCAAUACCUGUCUAAUAGCAAGGAACUCCUGGAGCAGAACCCUGGCAAGUUUGAGGAGCUGGAACGGGCCCCUGGGGACCCCAAGUGGCUGGAUGUGAUUGAGAAGGAUCUGCAUCGCCAGUUCCCUUUCCAUGAAAUGUUUGCUGCUCGAGGAGGACAUGGGCAACAGGACCUGUACCGAAUCCUGAAGGCCUAUACCAUCUACAGGCCUGACGAGGGCUACUGUCAGGCGCAGGCCCCAGUGGCUGCAGUGCUGCUCAUGCACAUGCCUGCUGAGCAAGCCUUUUGGUGCCUGGUUCAGAUCUGCGACAAGUACCUCCCAGGUUACUACAGUGCAGGGCUGGAGGCCAUUCAGUUGGAUGGAGAAAUCUUUUUUGCGCUCCUGCGCCGGGCUUCCCCUCUGGCACAUCGGCACCUUCGGCGGCAGCGCAUUGACCCCGUGCUCUACAUGACGGAAUGGUUCAUGUGCAUCUUUGCCCGCACCCUCCCCUGGGCUUCAGUGCUUCGUGUCUGGGACAUGUUUUUCUGUGAAGGAGUUAAGAUCAUCUUCCGAGUGGCUCUGGUCUUGCUGCGACACACAUUGGGUUCUGUGGAAAAGCUGCGCUCCUGUCAAGGCAUGUAUGAAACCAUGGAGCAGCUUCGAAACCUGCCACAACAGUGUAUGCAGGAGGACUUCCUGGUGCACGAGGUCACCAGCCUCCCAGUGACAGAAGCAUUGAUUGAGAGGGAGAAUGCAGCCCAGCUAAAGAAGUGGCAAGAAACUAGGGGAGAGCUGCAGUAUCGGCCCUCACGGCGACUGCAUGGCUCCCGAGCCAUCCAUGAGGAGCGCAGGCGGCAGCAGCCACCCCUGGGCCCGUCCUCCAGCCUUCUCAGCCUCCCUAGUCUUAAGAGCAGGGGCUCUCGGGCAGCUGGAGGCGCUCCUUCCCCACCACCCCCUGUUCGCAGGGCUAGUGCUGGCCCUGUUGUCCCUGGGGCCGUCGUCACUGCUGAGGGACUGCAUCCAUCCCUUCCUUCACCUACUGGCAACAGCACCCCACUAGGCACCAGCAAGGAGGCCCGGCGACAGGAGAAGGAACGGCAGAAACAGGAGAAGGAGCGAGAGAAGGAGCGACAGAAGCAGGAGAAGGAGCGGCAGAAACGGGAAAAGGAGCGAGAGAAGGAGCGGCAGAAGCAGGAGAAAAAGGGCCAGGGCCGGAAGCUUUCCUUGCGGGGAAAGGCCGAUGGGCCUCCAGCACCCCAGGACGGUGGGGACAGGUCAGCAGCUGAAGCCCGGCAGGAUGCUUUCUUCUGACCUCUUCCUUUCCCUCGGUCAGGAGCAGGCCUGGCAGGGGUGCUCAUCCAGCUCCCUUGGCAGGCUCUUCCUUUUUCUGAGGAAGUGGCUUGAUUCCCCUGACGCCUUGCCAGCUGCUGAUCCCUACAUGGCCAGGACAGCCACAGUGCAUGGGACAGCUAUGUUUCCUAGGGUAGCAGUGACCAAGUCUGGAGACUCUUUUGUCCAGUUAGGCCCAGCUUGGGUCUCUGUCACUCCUACGAAUUCCUUCUGGGGUGCUGUCUUAAUUUGCCUUUUGUCACAGGGUGACUCUUGGCAAUGGCAGUUAGCAGUUGCAGAUUCUUACACUCCAGUGGCUUCCCUUAGAUGGUGGAGCUAGGUUCCUUUUCCUGUCUUGGGGCCCUGCCUGUCACCCCACUGUCUUUUGGGGGCCAAGGCUGUUUUUUCUCUCCGGAAUAUCCUUGUGUUGUAAUUAUGUACAGAAGGUCAGGUUGACCUGGGGUGGGGUGCUCUGUUUUGUGUUUCACAGUGCUCCUGUACUCCAGUUUAUUUAAGGGGACAUGCAAGGAAAUGCCCUCCAUUUCCUUCCCACCUAUGUCCUGGUCUCCCUCCUAACCCACUCGCUUUGUAUGCUCAGGCCUCUGCUGCCUCAUCAGGAAGCCUGUCUUCAUUUUGUUCCUUUCCAGCCAUCAAGCCCCUCUCUGAGUAAGGGUCUUCCCUUGAGUCCAGGGGGUGGAACCCAAUGUUUACAUUCUCUUCUGUCUUGGUCCCAUCCCAGUGGCGGUUUUUUUUUUUGGCGCUUUGAGGAACCGGAAAAAGAACCUGCUGUUAUACCUGGA